CUGUCGUGUGCUUUCACUGACACACUCACUAUUACAUUGGACAAUGCUGCGAGUCAGGUGUCUGAGAGGAGGUAGCAGGGGGGCCGAGGCUGCCCAUCUGAUCGGAGCCAUGCUUGGCCGGUCAGUGACUGGAUGGGUGCAGAGGGCCUUGCAGAGCACCUCCAGUGCAGCAGCUGCACAGUCGCACGAUGCAGCUGACCAUGUUACUGAGCCUGUGGAGCAGGAAUGUCCUGUCUGCAGCCACAAUGAAUGGGACCCUCUGGAGGAGGUGAUUGUGGGUCGCGCUGAAAAUGCCCAUGUGCCUCCCUUCACCGUGGAAGUGAAAGCUAACACAUAUGAGAAGCAUUGGCCUUUCUAUAUGAAGCAUGGGGGCCAGUCUUUUCCUGCGGACCACUUGAAAAAAGCUGUUGCUGAGAUUGAGGAAAUGUGCAAUAUUCUUCGUCAUGAGGGCGUCAAUGUAAGGAGACCAGAACCCAUGGACUGGUCCAUGGAAUACAAAACUCCAGACUUCGUAUCACCAGGCAUGUAUGCGGCCAUGCCCAGAGACAUCCUUCUGGUUGUGGGGAAUGAGAUUAUUGAGGCUCCUAUGGCCUGGAGGGCUCGCUUCUUUGAGUACAGAGCCUACAGACCUUUGAUCAAGGAGUACUUCAGAAACGGUGCUAAAUGGACAACUGCUCCUAAACCCACGAUGGCCGAUGAACUGUACGAUCAGGACUACCCCAUCCGCACAGUGGAGGACAGACACAAGCUGGCUGCCGAGGGGAAGUUUGUGACCACAGAGCACGAGCCGUGCUUUGAUGCUGCCGACUUCAUCCGGGCUGGGAGGGACAUUUUUGUCCAGAGGAGUCAGGUUACAAAUUACAUGGGUAUUGAGUGGAUGCGCCGCCAUCUGGCUCCAGACUACAAAGUCCACAUCAUCUCAUUCAAGGAUCCUAACCCCAUGCACAUUGAUGCCACUUUUAACAUUAUUGGACCAGGAUUGGUGCUGUCAAACCCUGAUCGUCCAUGUCACCAGGUUGACAUGUUCCACAAGGCUGGGUGGACUGUUGUGAAACCUCCGACCCCUCUGAUUCCUGAUGAUCAUCCUCUGUGGAUGUCCUCCAAGUGGCUGUCCAUGAACGUCCUGAUGUUGGAUGAAAAGCGUGUCAUGGUUGAUGCCAAUGAAGUCACCAUUCAAAAAAUGUUUGAGAGCCUCGGUAUCAAGAGCGUUAAGGUGAAUAUUCGCCAUGCUAACUCCCUGGGGGGGGGCUUCCACUGCUGGACAACCGAUGUCCGCCGCCGUGGUACCCUGCAGUCCUACUUCCACUAGCCUUGCCAGAAAUGGGCAGUUUUUAUUGAGCUUUAAAGAUUAAAGCUUCAGUGCAGACUCACCUGCUGCAACUCAAAGUCAAAGCAGUGAGCAAUAUAUUAUUCAAACCUGUAUGAAACAGAUUUAUUUUUGAAGCAAUCUAACGACAGGUGGCACCAAAGUCCCUUUCUGGAGCGGGUCUUUAUGUCCACAAACAUGUAUGCAUUGUUUUGAUUUGAUAUUGCUAUGCAUCACAGUACCUUUGCAAACAGCUUUAUUCAGAUUACAUUUAUGCUCAAUAGUGACAAAUUAGUGAUUUAACUAAUCUCAAUAUUAACUGCAUUUCUGGCCUGGCUAUUGUGAAGCUGAAUUGAUUAUGGCUCAUACAUAAAUAAGUCAUAAGUUUAAGGACAAGGUACAAUUUGGUAUGUGAAAGUCAUCAAACCAGGAGAGAAUCUACCUCCUCGAGGAAACGUCAGACAUCAUAAUUCUUUCUUUUUCCAAAGUAUUUUUUUAUUUAAAGGAAUGUAUACAAGUUUUGAAGUAGGUCAUUAAACAAUAUACAUUUCUUAUCGCUAGUUUAUUAUUUUGUAAAGAUUUUUAAUUGAAUGAACAAGACAAGUUUUAUUUAUAUUUUCAUACUCUAUAUUGGAUACCCAACAAUCAGUGUUUUUAUAUAUUUACUUAAAAAGUAUGCGGUCCAUAUCAGAUAUUGUUUACCUUUUGCCUUUUCUGUUAUUGCAAAUCUGGGCCAGUUAUAUGCUACUUGUCAUUUUCACUGAACUGAUUGGUUGCUUUUGUGUGCAAAGCAAAAAUGCCUGAAGAAUGAAAGAUGUUCUGUUGUGAAGAUGUCUUUAAAUGUCCUUUACUGCGUACACUGGAUAUUAAACUCUUCAAGGCUGCCUUUGAAUGAAUUCAAGGAAGGCUAUGGCUCAACAGAGGAAUGCAAGUAAUGUUUUGUAUUAUGCAAUGUUAAUAAAUGU